AUGGCGUUGUUUUUUAUGAGGAAAGCUUCGACAGCUGAGUUGGAUGCUUUCUAUCCACUUAGACCAGAAUGCCAAGUUGAUGUCCCGAAGACCCGGUUUAGGCUCAGGGCUGGGAAAACUCUUAGUGCAAGAAGAUGGCAUGCUGCCUUCUCUGAAGACGGUCACUUGGAUAUAGCCAAAGUACUAAGACGAAUCCAACGAGGGGGUGUCCAUCCUGCAAUCAAAGGUGUAGUCUGGGAAUUCUUGUUAGGUUGCUUUGAUCCAAAUAGCACAUUUGAUGACCGGAAUCAGCUCAGGCAGAGCCGGAGGGAGCAGUACAGCAGAUUGAAAUCUGAAUGCCAAAAGAUGGUUCCAGUUAUUGGCAGUGGAGAAUUUCUUACAACACCAAUCAUCACAGAUGAUGGCCAACCAAUAGAAGAAUCAGCAAAUGGCAAUAUAAGUAACUAUGGAGGGGAUGCAAACCAUGCUACUUCAGACAAGAAAGUGAUUCAGUGGAAGCUUUUCUUGCAUCAAAUUGGUUUGGAUGUUGUUCGCACAGAUCGAUCACUUGUCUUUUAUGAGAGUCAAGCUCAUCAGGCAAAACUUUGGGACAUUCUUUCAGUUUAUGCUUGGGUGGACAACGAUAUUGGUUAUGUUCAAGGAAUGAAUGAUAUAUGUUCGCCAAUGGUAAUUCUUAUUGACGAUGAAGCAGAUGCCUUUUGGUGUUUCGAACGUGCGAUGCGAAGGCUGAGAGAAAAUUUUAGGUGCAGUGCUAGUUCGAUUGGAGUGCAAUCUCAGCUGAGCACACUCUCCCAAGUAAUCAAAACUAUUGAUCCUAAACUUCAUCAGCACCUCGAGGAUCUAGAUGGUGGGGAGUAUUUAUUUGCAUUUCGCAUGCUGAUGGUCCUGUUCCGAAGAGAGUUUUCCUUUGUGGAUUCACUGUAUCUUUGGGAGCUGAUGUGGGCCAUGGAAUACAACCCAAACAUAUUCUCUUCAUAUGAAGUGCCAAGUGGUGGCGCCACACCAUCUAAUGUAAAUGACAAAGAACUAAAGCAAUACGGCAAGUUUGAGAGAAACAUUGUGAAGACAGGAUACACAGAAAAACAUGGUGCACUUUCCAUUUUUCUUGUUGCAAGUGUUCUUGAGACCAAGCAAAAGCAACUUUUAAAGGAGGCUACGGGUCUAGAUGAUGUUGUCAAGAUCUUAGGUGACAUAACUGGAAAUCUGGAUGCUAAAAAGGCAUGUAAUGAGGCAUUGAGGAUUCACAAAAAGUACCUCAAGACUGUGAAGCAAUAG